AUGUUGGAUGAGAACGGAGGCGGAAUGGCCGGCAAUGACUUGAGAACGUUGAUCGAGUCACGCAUUCCCGAGCAUCGAACGGCAAGCAGUCGUGUCCCACUUGCAACUUUUUUUUACAAACCAUUGUUGGCCGGUCCGGACAAUUUAACCAGAAUAGAUUGUGAUCGAAAUGUCGCCUUUGAGGAAACCAAACAAUUUGCGCUGCAGUCUUUAGCAAGUGUGGCUUAUCAAAUAAACACGCUUGCAAGAGAUUUAUUGGACAUGUUGGAUUUACAAACUGAUAAGAUUUCAAGCCUUACUAGUCAAGUGGACAAUAUUGAUGUGGUUGUCAACAUCCACAAAGAGAAACUAGCCCGACGUGAAAUUGGAGCCUUGACAACGAACAAAUCGCUACAGAAGCAACCAAAAAUCAUAGCCCCUGCAGCUCAGGUGAGAAGAAACCUUCUUUUGGCUAAUGUUGUUGUUAUCAAUGCUUUGCAUACGAGCUCGUCGUCCUAUUCAUCGAUCAAUGUGAUGGUUGCAAUAGAACGGAAAAAAGAGCUUCUCAAAAGAAAGUUUUCGGAACUGUUCAAAUUCCGACAGCAUAUGACUGGUUCAUUUUUGCUCGUGGAACCUACUCAGCGAUAUAAGCGCACGCCCAUAGAUUUCUCUGUACUGGACGGUAUCGGUCAU